AUGACAACUUCUGUAUCUGACCUAUCAUUUAUUCAACAAAUGUUAACACGAUAUGGUAUGAGCACAUAUGUAGCAUUUGGAAAUUUGGGUAAUUUAUUAGCUAUUGCUACUUUUUGCCAAGACCAUGUUGAUAUAUCUACUCAGUCUAUAAUUUUUUGUCAACUGCAGUUUUAUGUUCGACAUGCUUUUUUUCAAAUGAUGCGUACAUAUAAAGUUCUUGCAUGCAUGGAUCGUUUUACUAUUUCUAGUAUGAGUGUUCGUAUUCGUUCAUUGAAUGCAUAUAAAAUGGCUAUUUAUUUAAUAAUAACUUCUUCUUUGUUUUGGUUGCUGGCAUUGAUCUUUUUUAGUUAUGCCCGAACCAUUCAAAAUGGUUCGUGCAAUAUACAAAAUGUAACUUAUUUAAUGGUUUAUACAAUUUAUUACAUGAUAUCAGCUGGAUUGUUUCCUCCAUUAUUGAUUGUAUUUUUCAAUACAUUAUUAAUUCAAAAUUUGAAGGGUUUGCGAAGUCGUAUUCAACCAAUAAGAGAUAAUGCAGAAAUUAAACAAUCAAAUAAUAUGCUUAGAAAAUGUGAUAGAGACUUAAUGAAGAUGAUUUUUGUUGAAGUUAUGAUUUAUGUUGUGAGCACAUUGCCAUUUUCAAUUUAUCUUAUUUACAAAAUUAUAACAGAUAUAGUUAUACAACAAGUCUAG